UCAUCACGUGACGACGACAGAAAGUGGCUCAGCGAGGCGCAGAAGCGUGGGACUGCGUGAACACUUUUAACUUCCGCACACUAAUAUGAACAACAAGAGCUGCCCAGACGACCGACACUGCUAAGCGUCCACACAUUUAGUUAAAUCAAGAUUUUGACAAAAUGUCAGACUCUGAUUCUGAAAUUGGAGAGGAAUGGGAAGCGAUCCAUAACCGCACGCCUGUUAAACUUUUGACCAGAAAUGAUACCGUUGUGGCCCUCCGUCCGCAAGAGAUUGUUUUUGACAAUUGGAGUCAAAUUCCUCUUGAAACCAGAAGACAAGCCGGGGAACGGAUGAGAAUUUGUGCUUUCUGGCUUCCCCUGCUGCUGCAGCGCGACGAGCCCAGCAACCCUUCCUGCUGGGCUUACCAAAUAGAUCUGAUAUCAAGUGAUACUGACGAUCUGGAUAUGAAGCACUUGCAGAAGAUCGAGACACUAGAGGCCAUCCUCAGAGCCUUGGAGAAAGGAACGGUUAAAAGGGACCAAACUAAACACGUUAUCUGGAUCAGCAACAUGUUUAACUUGCGCACCCCAGAGGCUCUGAAGGAUGCAAUGUGCUGGUUGGAGAGAACGGGAGAGCCUGGCAUCCGGCAUCGUGUCAUGAGCCUCGGGCAUCCCCAGAUCUGCUUCACAGCGCUGCACGUCAUCUUCACAGAGUUUGCAAAGUACAUUCAGAAAAUGGGCUCUGACUCGGUGAAGACGAUGAAGGCGCUGAAUGUUCGACCGGCUGAAUAUCUAAUAGAGAAAAGUGAAGAAAUGAAGAAGAAAGGAAAUGAGAACUUCAAGAAAAUGCAGUUUGAAGAAGCUGUGAAGUAUUAUUCUAAAGCCAUCAAAUUAUACCCUGACAACCACUUCAUUUAUGGAAACCGAGCGCUAUGCUAUAUCCGAUGUAAAAAAUAUCUCAAAGCGGUAACUGAUGGAAAACGUGCUACUCUGAUAAAGCCACUCUGGGUGAAGGGCCACUUCCGCUUCUGUGAGGCUUUGUUUUCCUUGGGCGAGGUGAAAAAGGCUAUCGAAGCCAACGUAUUAGCCCGGGGUCUUUGUAAAGACAACCGAGACGGGAUCAAAGACCUGGAAGACCAACACGAGAAAUUCUUAUUGGAAAUGCCAGAGCCCAAAGGUAUUUUCCCUGCACUCGUCUCAUGUUCACAGCAGCGACACGCGUCACAUUUGAAAAGGCAAAGGUGCUGGAGGUUGAGAGUUUUAGUUAAAUGUGCAAACUAAUGCCUCCACUGUCGA